AUGAAGAAAGAGAAGCCCAUUUCAGUGCUAAUGUUCCCAUGGUUAGGUUAUGGACAUAUCUCUCCAUUCCUAGAGUUGGCCAACAAACUUAGCCAAAGAAAUUUCAUUAUCCACUUGUGUUCUACAAAGGCAAACCUAACUCCCAUUAGGGAAAAACAAUACUCAUCAUCAUCAAUCAAGCUAUUGGAACUCCCUUUGCUAACAACAAAUCUCCGUCCUCAUCAACAUACCACUAAUGGCCUCCCACCCCAUCUCAUGGACACACUCAAACAAGCUUUUGACUCAUCAACUCCUCAAUUUACCAAAAUCUUGAUAACCCUCAAACCCGAUUUACUCAUUUAUGAUUUUCUUCAGCCAUGGGCUCCAUUGGCUGCUUCUCAACUCAAUAUCCCCGCGGUUGAGUUUAUUAGUAGUAGCUCCACUAUGACUGCUUAUAUGUGGCAUGACUUGUUGAAGAAGCCUAAAGGUAUUGAGUUUCCUUUCUCUUCUACUAUUUAUUAUCGCGAUUAUGAGAUGGUUAGUAUAGAGAGAUCAAAAGCAGUUAUACCUGUUGAAAAGAUUGAGGCAGAUAAGAAUCGAGUUGGACAAAGCUUUGUUCUUUCUAACCAUAUUGUUUUGAUAAAAAGCUUUAAUGAGAUUGAAGGAAAGUAUAGUAAUUAUAUCACUAGUUUAACUGGGAAAAAAAUUGUACCGGUUGGUCCUUUAGUUCAAGAACCUACCUCUGAUGAUGCGAAUUCAGAUUUAAUAAAAUGGUUAAACACAAAAGAUAAGAGAUCAACUGUUUUCGUAUCAUUUGGAAGCGAAUACUUCUUGUCUGAUGAAGAUUUGUUAGAAAUUGCUUAUGGGUUGGAAAGUAGCAAGGUGAAUUUCAUAUGGCCUUUAAGGUUCGCGAAAGAGGAGGUUGAAAUUGAAGAGGCAUUACCUAAAGGUUUUGUCAAUAGGGUAGGGGAUAGAGGAAGGGUUUUCAAAGGGUGGGCCCCACAAGCAAAAAUAUUGGAGCAUUCGAGUAUUGGUGGCUUUGUGAGUCAUUGUGGAUGGAGUUCAGUAAUGGAAAGCAUGAAAUACGGGGUUCCAAUCAUUGCCAUGCCCAUGCAUCUUGAUCAACCAAUGAAUUCUAGGCUUAUUGUUGAAGAGGUGGGCAUGGCUGUGGAAGUUGUGAGGGACGGGGAGGGAAAGCUUCAUUGGAAGGAAAUCGCGGAUGUGAUCAACCACGUGGUGGUGGAGGAGGGUGGUGAACUCGUAAGGGAAAAGGCGAAUCAUAUGAAGGGAAUUAUUCGUUCCAAAGGAGAUGAAGAGAUUGAUCAAGUUGCUAAGGAAUUGGAAAUGCUCCUUAAUUCUUAG